GAGCGAGAGAGCAAGAGAGAUCCCUGAAGAAUUAAAUCACCAGGAUUAGCUUUAAAUAGAAAUACGUUUGUCCAGAACAUAAGGGACACUGACCUUGUGGCUACUAUGUGUCUGAGUUACAUUCUGGUCUUCAUUUCCCUCAUAUGCGGGACAAUGGGAAGCACAGCAACCUUCCGAAGGGCUGAUGACAGAAGUGGUAGAUGUACCUACUCAUUUACGGUCCCAAGUCCAACCGAAUCGAGCUGUCCAGAACCAAGACAGUCCAUGCCCGCCAUACAAGAACUCCAGAGGGAUAACCUUGCAUAUAAAUCUGAAGUGAGCACCAUCAAAACCCGCCUUGCACUAUUAGAAAGCCUUAUGACCCGACUGCAAGGUGGGCUUCCUUCUACUGGGUCAUUGGCUCCUGGAGCACCUUCUGUUGUGGACCUCCAAAACCAAAUUGUUAAUCUAAAAAGAGAAAAAACCCAGUAUGAGGCACAGGUAAACAACCUGGAGGUAGCAUACACUGAACUGAUGGCUGAGAAAUCAGCCCUGGAAGAAGAGAAACAGAGGUUACAACGAGAAAAGGAAAACUUGACAAGAAGACUGGAGGGCAGCAAUCAGGAAAUCAUUCGAUUACGGGCCAACCAGUGCCCUCAAAUGAGGGAAACCCCAGUGCAGAAUUCUCAGCCCACCUCUAGAGAUGGGCAAAGUUAUUUCUCUGGUCCAACAUCAAGACAGAAGGAUCAAACCCAAAGACAAGCUAGCACAAGAGUUACUAGCUGGGACCGUGAGAGCACUGGAUACCAAGAACUAAAAUCUGAGUUAACUGAGGUUCCAGCUUCCAGGCUGUUACAGGAGGGUCCUAAGUCUCCCUCCAACCUGAAGACCCAGGAUCAAAACUCAGGUUGUGGGGAAUUGACCUCAGUUGGAGACCCUAUCACAUACAGAAAGGCUGACACUAUUGCAGGAAAGUAUGGUGUAUGGAUGCGAGACCCUGAAUUUGUUGCACCUUACACUCGUGAAACUACAUGGAGAAUUGACACAGUAGGCACCGACAUACGUCAGGUGUUCGAAUAUGAUGACUUAGAUCAGUUCGCUAAAGGGUACCCUUCCAGGGUCCAUGUGCUAACAAAGUCUAUUGAAAGCACUGGGGCAGUCGUCUAUCGAGGUUUCCUCUACUACCAGAAACGCAAGUCUAGAACCUUGAUCAAGUAUGACUUGAAGACAGAAACAAUUGUACUGCAGAAAGAGCUGGACAAUGCUGGUUUCCAUGGCCAGUACCCUUACUCCUGGGGAGGUUAUACUGAUAUUGAUCUGGCUGUUGAUGAACUUGGUCUGUGGGCUAUCUAUAGUAAUGCUAAAGCUAAAGGGUCCAUUGUCAUCUCCAAACUGAAUCCCGAUACUCUGGAAAUUGAAAGUACAUGGGAGACAAACAUCCGCAAGCAGUCUGUUGCCAACACAUUUAUGAUCUGCGGGACACUGUACACACUCAGUAGUUACUCUUCCCAGCAUGCAACAAUCAGCUUUGCUUACAAUGUCAGUACCAGCACUGGCAAGCAGCUGAGAAUCCCCUUCGAGAACCGCUACAGAUACAACAGUAUGACUGACUACAACCCUAGGGAGAAGAAACUCUUUGCUUGGGACAACUCCCAUAUGGUUGUAUAUGAUGUGAGACUGACCAAAAUGUGAUUUACUUCUGAGGGUCAUCUGCAGAGAUCACAGACUUGUUAUCCUUAACAAACAAAAGCGACAAAAGAACCCUGGAGACUUAGGAAAUAGAUACUAAAUCUUGCUGUGAUGGGAAAUGCCAUGUUUUUUAUUCACCUAAGACCCAAAAAUCAGCCUUGGCUUUUUUUCUGAAAACUUUGCUAAGAUCUACAAGACUGUAUAACCAACAUUUUACUGCAGCACUGAAGACCUCAUCAAAAUAACAUCUUGAAAUCCUGUCACAAGAAUAACAAAUAUCUUUAGCAUGGAUAGAUCCAAGCCAAUUUCUUUUAUUGAUGG